CACCGACCAAUUAAUAGAACAAGCAGUUAAAAGCCUGAAACCUUCCACUAGCACGGGACCAGAUGGCCUUGCUUCCAUAAUUUUCAAAAACAGUGGGUGUGAUAUACCCCUACUACUUCUUAAAUUCUUCUCGAUAUCUAUGGACACUGGCACUUACCCUAAUGAGUGGAAAACUAGCUUCAUAAUUCCACACUAUAAAUCCGGUGAUAAGGCAAACGUCCGCAAUUACAGACCUAUAAAUAUAACCCCAGUUGUCUCGCGAGUCAUGGAGAAAGUUGUCAAAGAUCAGUUGUCAGACUAUCUACUUAAGGAAGAUCUUGUUACAAGGUCUCAACACGGAUUUCUCAAAAAUAGGUCUUGCGUUACCUGCCACUUCGACUUUUUCAACUGCAUCACUAGUAGUCGCGAAGCACGUAAGCUAGUUGUUGUUCUCUACUUCGACAUAUCUAGAGCAUUUGACAUGGUAUCUCACAGUAUUCUCUUUGAGAAGCUGUAUUCAUGUGGGAUUCGCAAUCCAUUACUGAGCUGGUUAAAAUCGUUUCUAAGCAAUAGGGUACAAAUAACCAAGGUUGGAUCUGUGUUGUCUCAUCCUAGACAGAUCACAAGUGGGGUUGUGCAAGGUAGUGUCCUAGGUCCACUUUUAUUUACAGUAUACAUUAACAGCAUUUGCAACUGCUUCACCUUAGGUAGAUCAUUCCUAUAUGCUGACGACCUCAAAGUCGUUUACUCCUGCCACGCUCAUGAACUAAGCGAUAUGGUGAAUAAAAUACAUCUUGAACUAAGUAGUCUCGCAACAUGGUGUACUGAAUCCUGUCUAAAGUUCAACAUUGAUAAAUGCGGCUGGAUUUGUAUCGGAAACAGUAACCUUGACCUGAAUCUUGAAGUAAAUGGGCGUAAACUAGCCAAGCUCAACUCAGUCGUAGAUCUCGGUAUCAGAUACUCUAGUAACUUGACGUUCUCUGAACAAACUGAUUAUGCCAGACGUAAAACACGAAGGCUCCUAGGAUGCAUAACUCGCAAUUUCUUUUGUUGUGAAACUAGGGUUUUAUUAUAUAAAGUAUGUGUCCGACCUAUUUUAGAAUACUGCCCGUUUAUUCUUAGCGGACUCAGACAAAAUGACAAGCUUAAGUUAGAAGGAGUGCAACGGCAAUUCACCUUAAGAAUUCUUGGUUUAGAAAGUGGUCUCCAAUACUAUGAACGUUGCGACAGACUAAGUUUAGAACCACUCUGGAAAAGACGUCUUAAGCUGAACCUAAUUUUUUACUACAAGCUAACUAAUCUGCUCGUGCACUCCUCCGAGCCAAUAAUUAAACCUACCGCUGUCAUCAGUUACAAUCUUAGAAAUCACCACAACCUAGCUGCUAUAGAGCACUGUCAGACUUACAUGCGGUAUAAUUUCUUCUUAAAUAAGUUUUCAGUCAUUUGGAAUAGACUACCAGCUGAUGUGCGCGAUGCAAACACACUCGCAGUGUUCAUCUCCUCAGUCACCAGACUGCUCAAAGAUGACAGUGCACUUCUGCGUCUGAAUCCUCCACCCACUUUUUCGUCCAACAUAGAUAUUUUAAGUUCAUUAAACGUGUAGUUACAACAAACUACAAUUAUAAAUUUUUAUAUUAUUGGAAGUACAUGAUAGACAUUUUUACACAGGACAAUAAUAUUAGUUCACACAAUAUAAAAGUUAGCAUUACGGGAAUAGUUAGUUAGUGCACCAAAAUAACUAUAAUUACUACACAGAAUAUAAAUGUAUAUAUACAUAUUAAUCACUCCCUAAGUACUCCACUUGUUUUCUUUUGCGUUGUUGUUGUUUGUCUUCUUUUGUCUCUCACCAUUUCAGCUUCCAUUUAACUUUUUGAAUGAGAACGAAGAAUGUAGAUAUUUGCCCAUUUACAAUGACAAAUGAUCUGCAAACAUUAUUGGUCCCAUAACUUACAAUUCCCUCGUGAAUUGCGCAUUGCCUUCACCAACGACGCAACCUGGAUUACAGUUGUGAAAUAUAUCUUUAUACCAAUAAAAAAGUAUUGAUUUAUAAUACUUCACGAAUGUAACUUAUAACAUAACUGAUCUUGUCUGCAAAAUAGCUUGCAUUUCUUGAAAACACCCGUUUAUAAGAAAAUAUAAACUACCAUUAUUAUUAGUCUACCUUGAGUACUAUUCACUUGUGAUGUUACGAAGAAAAUGCUGACAAAAGUAUACAAGUGGAUUACUUAUUUUAAAUUAUUAUCAAGAAUAAGACUCGAUGCCGUACACACCAAAGUUAUAUGGAGGAAUUACUUCAAGCUUUAUUUUUUUCCCAAGUAUUUGUAAUCCAUCCAAAACAUACUUGGGUUUUUUUUGUUAAUGCGAAGACAAUAUUUCUAUAUUUCUUGAUGUGCUCCAUUGAAUGACUAGUUAUCAUAUUGUUCCCAUAGACAAAAUGACUGCAACCUUAUAAUUUUACCAUGAACCAAAUUUAUGUAAUUUAAAUAAUACUUAUCCAUGCCUGUACAAUUGGUGUGUCCUACACAGGUAGGAAAAAAUGUAUUUUAUUAAAUUACUAUUAUUAAAUAUGUUUACUAAUCGUAUAUGUAAUUUAUCAUAUUGAUGAUGCCUGUAAACUGGCGUCCCUCAUGUACAAAAUGAG